UAUUCUGGUCUCCAUUUUGUUUGUAGAAACACUCCUGCAGCAGCACUGAGUCUGUGAUAUUAAUGUCACUGUUUUCUACAUAGAAAAAGAUCUGAGUCAGCAGAACCCAGCUGUGUCUCCAUGAAGAGUGAAGAGUCCAUGAAGCCUCCUUUGAGAUUUAGAGAUGAAAAAAUCUCACCUGUACGCAGGAGAAUAAUCCUAGCAGAAAAAAUCAGCGUCUUCAGGAUUUAGUGUUGUGUGCAUACAAAAUAUAUAAAAAAAUGGAGAGCCUGGAUUUGGACCCCAUUUACAUAUGGGCUUCACCUUCAAAUGAAUGCAGUGAAACAGUAAAUAGAAGUGAACUACAGAGAAACAGAUCACAUUCACCAGAACCCAGCUGUGUCUCCAUGAAGAGUGAUGAGUCCAUGAAGCCUCCUUUGAGAUUUAGAGAUUGGAAAAUCUCACCUGUACGCAGUGAACUACAGAGAAAAAGAUCCGAGUCAGCAGAACCCAGCUGUGUCUCCAUGAAGAGUGAUGAGUCCAUGAAGCCUCCUUUGAGAUUUAGCGUUGGAAACUCCUCACCUCUACGCAGUGAACUACAGAGAAAAAGAUCUGAGUCAGCAGAACCCAGCUGUGUCUCCAUGAAGAGUGAUGAGUUUAUGAAGCCUCCUUUGAGAUUUAGAGAUGAAAAAAUCUCAGUUAUACACAGUGAACUACAGAGAAAAAGAUCCGAGUCAGCAGAACCCAGCUGUGUCUCCAUGAAGAGUGAUGAGUCCAUGAAGCCUCCUUUGAGAUUUAGCGUUGGAAACUCCUCACCUCUACGCAGUGAACUACAGAGAAAAAGAUCUGAGUCAGCAGAACCCAGCUGUGUCUCCAUGAAGAGUGAUGAGUCCAUGAAGCCUCCUUUGAGAUUUAGAGAUGAAAAAAUCUCAGUUAUACACAGUGCUCUUCAGAAAACAGGAGACAAAAUAAACAAGAUCAUCACAACUACAAGAUGCGAGCCAGAAUUUGCUGUCGCAGAUACAUUCCGAAAAAAGAUCAAGUUAUAUCUGAAGAAGAAGUUUCAGUGUCUAACUGCUGUGAUAAUAAACCAGGAAAACCGAACGCUCCUGAAUGAGAUCUACACAGAGCUCUACAUCACAGAAGGAGACAGUGGAGACAUAAAUAAAGAACAUGAGGUGAGACUGAUCGAGGCAGCAUCCAGGAGAAAAACAUUAGAGGAACCACCAAUCAAAUGCAAUGACAUCUUUAAGUUCUUUCCUGAAGAAGACAAACCCAUCAGAACUGUACUGACGAAGGGAGUCGCUGGUAUUGGAAAAACUGUCUCUGUUCAGAAGUUCAUCCUGGACUGGACAGAAGGAAAAGCAAACCAGAACAUCCCCAUCAUAUUUCCACUUUCUUUCAGAGAGCUGAAUUUGAUGAAGGACCAAAAACUGAGUCUGGUGGAGCUCCUUCAUGUCUGUUUUAAGGAAACAAAAGAAAUAGAAAAGUCCAGAAUGGAAAAGGCUCUGUUUAUUUUUGAUGGAUUGGACGAGUUUCGUUUUCCUCUGGAUUUCCAGAACACAGAGACAGUGUGUGAUGUAACUGAAUCAGCAUCAGUUCAUGUGCUGCUAAUAAACCUGAUUAUAGGAAAUCUGCUUCCCUCUGCUCUCAUCUGGAUCACCUCCCGUCCAGCAGCAGCUGAUCAGAUCCCCUCACAGUGUGUCCAUCGAGUCACGGAGGUACGAGGAUUCAGUGACCCACAGAAGGAGGAGUAUUUCAGGAAGAGAAUCAGUGAUCAGAACCUGGCCAAUAACAUCAUCACACACCUGAAGUCAUUAAGAAGUCUUUACAUCAUGUGCCACAUCCCAGUGUUCUGCUGGAUCUCAGCUGCUGUUCUAGAGAGAAUGUUGGGUGAAUCAGAAAGUGGAGAGAUUCCCAAAACUCUGACUCAGAUGUACACACACUUCCUCAUCAUUCAGACAAAAAUGAUAAGAAAGAAGUACCUACAGAAGCAGGAAAUUGAUGAAGAAAAGAUUCUCAAGCUGGGACGACUGGCUUUUCAGCAGCUGAUGAAAGGAAACCCGAUCUUCUAUGAGGAAGAUCUGAGAGAGAGUGGCAUUGAUGUGACAGAAGCAGCAGUGUACUCAGGUGUGUGUACGCAGAUCUUCAGAGAGGAGUUUGGGCUUCACCAAAGUACAGUGUACUGCUUUGUUCAUCUGAGCAUUCAGGAACAUCUCGCAGCUCUGUAUGUGCACCUGACCUUCAUGAAGGAAAAGAGAAAUGUUCUUAAAGAUAAUCAGGUGUUCAAGACCCUUUCAGAACUACACAAGAGUGCUGUAAAUCAGGCUUUGAACAGUCAGACUGGACAUCUGGAUCUUUUCCUUCGCUUUCUUCUGGGUCUCUCAUUGAAAUCCAAUCAAAAACUCUUGCAUGCUUUAAUAUCACAAACAAGAAGUAGCUCCCAGAGCAAAGAUGAAACAGUUCAGUACAUCAAGGAGAAGAUCAAUGAAGAUCUUCCUACAGAGAGAUCCAUCAUUCUGUUCCACUGCCUGAAUGAACUGGGUGACAGUUCUCUAGUGGAGGAAAUCCAGCAGUACGUGAAAUCUGGGAAACAAAGUGAACUCUCUUCUUCACAGUGGUCUGCUCUGGUGUUUGUCUUACUGACAUCAGCACAAGAACAGGAGGAAUUUGACCUGAGUAAAUAUACCAGUACAGGGACGGUAAAAGAUGAUGUUCUUGUGAAGUUGGUGCCUGUGAUUGCAGCAUCCAGAAAAGCAAUUUUUAGGUGUGAUUCGAUUCAAAGCAGAAGUGGUGCAGCUCUGGUCUCAGUGCUCAAGUCAGAAACCUUCAAUUUGCAAGAACUGCAUCUGAUGGUCAAUACACUGGAUCUCUCUUCGAAUAAACUAGGAAACGUAGAAGCGAAGCGUCUCUUUGCUUUAAUGGAGAGUCCUGUGUGUAAGGUUAAAAACCUGAAGUUGUGUGAUUGUGGUGUCUCAGCUGAAGGCUGUACGUCUCUGACUUCAGCUCUGAUAUCAAACCCUUCACACCUGAGAGAACUGAAUUUGUCUCAAAAUAAAUUCAGAGAUUCAGGAGUGAAGAGUCUCUGUGCUGCACUGGAGAAUCCUCACUGCAAGCUGGAGACACUGAUGUUGUGUGAUUGUGGUGUCUCAGCUGAAGGCUGUACGUCUCUGACUUCAGCUCUGAUAUCAAACCCUUCACACCUGAGAGAACUGAAUUUGUCUCAAAAUAAAUUCGGAGAUUUAGGAGUGAAGAGUCUCUGUGCUGCACUGGAGAAUCCUCACUGCAAGCUGGAGACACUGAGGUUGGGUAAGUGUGGCGUCUCAGAUGAAGGCUGUCUGGCGCUGGCUACAGCUCUGACAUCAAAACCCUCACAACUGAGAGAACUAGAUCUCCAUGAAAAUAAAAUAAAAGACUCAGGAGUGAAACAUCUCUCUGCUGCUCUGGAGAAUCCUCACUGUAAACUGGAGACACUGAGGUUGUGGCUUUGUGACGUCUCAGGUGAAAGCUGUGCUGCUCUGUCUUCAGCCCUAAAAUCAAACCCAUCACACCUGAGAGAACUGGAUCUGUCUUGGAAUAAAGUAGGAGACUCAGGAGUGAAGUAUCUAUCCUCUGUAGUGGAGAAUCUUGACUGUAAACUGGAGGCACUGCGGCUGGAGAGUUGUGAUGUCUCAGAUGAAGGCUGUGCUGCAUUGACUUCAGCUCUGAUGUCAAACCCCUCACACCUGAAAGUCCUGGAUUUGUAUGGAAAUAAAAUAAAACACCCAGGAAAGAAGCAGCUCUCUGAUCUGAGAAAUGAUGCACAUUACAAAUUACAGAAGCUGUUAUUUAGUAUGUGAUGAACAUCUCUGUAAGAGAUGAAGACUCCUGUAUCCAUGCAGUUCCAUGUUGUUGAACAGAGAAUCACAGUGAAUCAGACUGCGUAUGUAUACACUGACGUAUAACAGCAUUUUACUCACUUAAAACCUUGCUUUAUUCACAUAACACAAGGAUUAAACUUUUUGCCAGAGAAUUUGAAGAGGUUUAUGGAUGUGGUGAGGGAAGAUAUGCAGGUGGUUGGUUUGAAAGAUGCAGAUGUAGAAGACAGCGUGAUAUGGAGAGCAGCUGAAGAUAAAGAUGUUUGUUUAUGUCCUUGUUAUUUUAGUGUUUUCUCAUAUGUAUAAGUUUGUUUGUUUGCAUGUGUAUAUGUUUUUUUUUUCAAGUAACAGAGUCACUAGAGCUCAAAAUUAUAUAUUAUAUAUAUAAUUAUAAAUAAUUACCUAA